AUGACUCUCGCCGUCGACUUGCUUAACCCCUCUGCUGAGACCGAAAAGAGGAGCCACAAGCUGAAGCGUCUUGUGCAAUCUCCCAACUCGUACUUUAUGGAUGUUAAAUGUCCUGGAUGCUUCGCCAUUACAACGGUCUUUUCACAUGCUCAGACUGUCGUUCUCUGCGGCGCGUGCGCGAGUGUACUAUGCCAACCCACAGGCGGAAAGGCGAGAUUGACUGAGGGGAGCUCGUACCGUCGGAAGAACUAA